UCGCGAGAGAAGCAACAACCAGUGCCAGGACCCUGGCUCUGCCGAACAUUUAACUUAUAACAUCACCUGUGUGGGGAAGUGCGCCUCAGAACUCUAUCUUAAUUGACAGUUCCAGGGGUUCCACAAGGCCCCGAGGAACCUGAAGAGGGUUUAUUGGUUUUAUUGCCUUAGCCCUGUCGCCACUAUGAAGGUUGUGUUCCUUGCUGGAGUGUUGCUGGUAUUCCUUAGUAUCUCUAAGGGGACUCACUCCGCUGCCUCCAACCUUCAAAAACGCUCAUAUCCGGCUGCUAUCCCUCCUCCACCUCCUCCUCCACCCCCUCCUCCACCUCCACAGCCCUCCAAGGGUAAGGGAGGUGGCAAAGGAGGUGGCAAAGGGGGUCUUUUUGACUUCGAUCUCUUUGGAGGUAUCAAAGACCUAUUUAGCUUUGGCAAAGGCAAAGGAGGUGGAGAGGAGGAGCCUUUGGAGACUUAUGGACCGCCGAUUCCUGUUUAUGGACCGCCUCCUCCUCAAUAUGGACCACCUCCUCCUCAAUAUGGACCGCCACCUCCUCAAUAUGGACCGCCUCCUCCGCCACCUCCGCCACCUCCUCAAUAUGGACCACCUCCUCCUAAACCAAAGGGACACUAUGGACCACCUCCUCCUCCACCACCUCCUCAGUAUGGACCACCACCUCCUCCUCCAAAGGCCAGCUAUGGCCCUCCACCGCCUCCUCCUCCCAAAUACGGGCCACCUCCUCCUCCUCCUCCCAAGGGGAACUAUGGACCACCACCUCCUCCUCCUAAGGGCAACUAUGGACCACCACCACCUCCUCCUCCUCCCCAGUAUGGACCACCACCUCCUCCUCCAAAAGAUAACUACGGCCCACCUCUUCCUCCACCUCCUCCUCCACAGGAUAACUACGGCCCACCUCUUCCUCCUCCACUCCCUCCACAAGAUAACUACAGCCCUCCACUCCCUCCACAAGAUAACUACAGCCCUCCACUCCCUCCACAAGAUAACUACAGCCCUCCACUCCCUCCACAAGAUAACUACAGCCCUCCACUCCCUCCACAAGAUAACUACAGCCCUCCACUCCCUCCACAAGAUAACUACAGCCCUCCACUCCUUCCAAAGGACAUCAACGGGCCGUUCUUCCCUCCUCCAUCAGACAACUACAGCCCUCCACUCCCUCCAAAGGACAUCAACGGGCCGUUCUUCCCUCCUCCAUCAGACAACUACGUCCUCCCACUGUCCUCCAGUACAGAAGCCAAGCACGAACCUCCACCACCGCUGUAUGUACCAGUCCCUAAUGACCAGUACAUACCUCCACAGCCCUCAGGACCUAAUGAUCAAUACAUACUGCCUCUGGAAGACUCCGCUAACAAGCAGGAAAUAUUCGCACCUGUGUCUAGUAGCAAAAAUAUACCUCCUCCAGCACUAUAUAUCCCUCCAGAGCAGAAUAUAUCCCCUAAUGUGAUAUUCCCUUCAGGGUCUAGCAGCCAGAAUAUCCCUCCUUCAGACCAGAAUAUAUCCCCUCCUGUGAUAUUCCCUUCAGGGUCUAGCAGCCAGAAUAUCCCUCCUUCAGACCAGAAUAUAUCCCCUCCUGUGAUAUUCCCUUCAGGGUCUAACAGCCAGAAUAUUCCUCCUAUUAUAUAUACCCCUCCAUCAGACCACAAUAUAUCCCCUCCAAUAUUCUUUGCCUCUGGUUCAAAUAGCCAGAAUAUUCCUCCUUCAGGUCAAUAUAUCCCUCCUUCAGACCAGAAUAUAUCCCCAGAAUAUAUACCACCUGCUCCUACACCCUUGUAUACCGCUCCUUCUGAGCAGUAUAUAUCCUCUUCUAUUCUCCUUGGUCCUGGACCAGUCGGUUCACCAUCCGGUCAAGGUAUAAUCGACAGCUUUCCGGUCUCCGGAGGUCCUGGACCGGUCCAGCCAGACUGUACCGCUUGUGACAAGGAGCCUUGGAUUCCAAUACAGGGAAUUGGUCCAGUGGGACCACUUCCCGGUCCAGUGGGACCACUUCCCGGUCCAGUGGGACCACUUCCCGGUCCAGUGGGACCACUUCCCGGUCCAGAAUACAAUGGCUCACCUGCACCAGUACCCAUCUACCCUCCUGGUGGUCCUAGCUUCGAUGUCAGGUCUCAGCUCCCGGUCCAGGAGCUACACAUCGGACCACAAAUCACAGAAGCCAAGCCCCUCCUGGUUAUAAACGACAUUUCGUCAGGAAGGGACCCUCGUCUCCAACAGAUAGAUUCAACCUUCGUCUCUUCCCAGGGAUACAGUUCCGGGUCGUUGAACACGGAUAAUGUUCGUGUUUUUAGGUCCAAUACAAAAUCAGAGACGGAAGCUGCUGGCAACCUUCUUGAAGGCUCUGGAGACGGAGGAACGGCUAAUAUCGUAGAGGCUGUGGCUGUUACAAAGAACGUCGGGAAUCCUACGAUCCAGUCAUCUGCUCUGGAGGUCAACAGUAUCCUGGAGGAGCCAAGAGGAGCCACUAUUGUUGAGAGCUUUCCUCAGAAAAUCUCACCCGGGAGAUCACAGUCAGUUGAGUGUGAAUCAGCAGGAUGCUUCUGGUGUCUCCCAGUUCGAUGGUCAGCAGAUCGUCUCCCAGUUCUCCCAGGAUCUUGCCCAAAAUGACCUUGGUCAGCAGGUCACACGAGACCAGGUGACAGGUGGCUUACCUCAGUAUGUUAGCGCAAGCCAGAGUACCCCUAGUGGAGGGUCGAUUAUAACUGCAGGUGAGCCACAGGUGGUGUCUCUCUCACAGCCAGAGACACUGUC